AUGUAUGUGUCUCAUUUUACUCUGGAGGAUUUUAAUAGAAACAACCAUGCGCCUUUUAUAAAGGCACGCCCAAACACAAAUGUUCUCAACCACCUAUGCCAAGACAUAGUGCCAAAAGUCGAAAUCACAAGGCAUAUUGUCGCAUCUGUACGAAGGCGAGACAGAGCGUACUUGCCGACGCAUUUCCAUGUUCAAUGAGCAAUGGAGUGUAUAGGCUUUGCUUUUUCACUUCCUAUAGAGUAUCAUUCAAUAAUUUCUACAGCGAUUGAAAUAUAUAAAGACUGGCUUAAUAUUGGAGAUGGAGAACGGCCAGUCUGUAUAGAAGAAGAUGAAGGGUUUUACCAAAGAGAAAUCAUAGGGCAUUUAUCCUUGUUAUUUGUGGAAAGACCAGGAGACACACAUAAACAUGUUGAAUUGUGUGUGGAAGUUUUAAUUUUGCUUACUAAUUUAUCAGAAAUAAAUGCCUAUUAUUCUAAUGCAAAAUAUUUAUUUUUUUUAAAAAAUUUUCUCUGAGAUGAGUCAGAGAUUUCAUAAGAUUGAAAACUCUUGAAGAGGACACCUGGAAAUGUCUGUUAAAAAUAAUGCUGCUUAUGUCUCAUCCUUUACUAAAAAGUAUUAGUGCACUAGCACAAGAUUUAUGCCCAUUGUUACUGAAAACUCUGUUUGAAAUUUGGCUUAGGUCGAAUACCAGAGACAAAGAGCUAUGAAAAGAGCUCCAAACCUGCUCCAGCGCAUGACUGCACCACAUCUGGCUUAUUUACCAAUGAAAAGCUGUAGCCCACGGUCUCACACAGCGUAUCAAUGCUAUGCUCUAUGGUGAAGAGCCACCUACCUUGCAGCUGCAUUUCUUACGUAUCUCAAAACCCCAUGAUGAGCCUCCAGAAACCCUUCUGCUUCAUUUUUCACUAGAACAAAGUCUGUAUUUUUGGUACCGAUUUUUAAAUCUCAUGCUUCUCAAUACCCGUGAUAAAAUUCCUACAGAUCCAGACGUCCACAAAGAACUUGUAAGGUCAGUUGCCACAAUAACUGACUCCUUUUUGGAGAUUGCUGAAAAGAGAACUGUCGCCAAAGGGCUUGUAAUGCCAAAUAUUGUGACUGCAAGCGGCCCUCAAGCUUUAGCUGAAUUAACAAGAAAAUUCCAAGACACCCAUUUCCAUUAUUUAUGGGGACUUAGCAGGUUGCCCAUUCCCAGCGCUGAUGGCUUGCUAAAUAUGUUUGGAGGCUGGCUGUUUUUCCACGCAAAUGCUGAAGGUAGCUAUAAUGAGUUUGGAAGGGCAGAAGCAAUAGGAGCGCUUUGUAGGAUUAUGUGCAAGGCUGGAGGGCCUAAUAGAGACGAAUUUUUAGGAAAAUUUUAUAGGACCAUUUUUAAAUGUAUGGAAAGCUCGUCAAGCUCACUGGUGGUCAUGUAUAUUCUUAAGCAUUCUCCAAAUCUGUUGACGCUAGAUCAUAGAGGGGUCAGAAUUUUGCUUCAUAAAGAAGCGCUUUCUAAAGCAAUCAUGAAUAACUUGACUGACAGCAAUAUUUCUCCCGCAGUAAAAAGACCAUGCUAUUAUAUUUUAGGGACCUUCGUAGCUGUUGCUCAGUAUUUUAACCAGCCAGCACCCAUUAUACAGGUAACUACAAUUUUGCAAAAAGCGCUUGACCAUGAAACUGAUAGUGAAAAUUUCCACAGACUGGUAUGGACUAUGUGUAUUUUUGCAGGAAGUAUUCAUUCUGAUUCUGAGCUUUUAACUAAUAUUGUGAUUCAGCUAGUAAAUAGGUUGGAAACUAUUGAUUAUAUUCAAGAAAAAAAGAUCUAUCAAGAUUUGCUUGAAACUAUUGCGACUCUUCCUUUUUUAAUCUGCUAUAAACCAAUUACCAGUGAAAAUUUAGUUAUUUGUAUAGUGGACAAACUCUGCUCAUAUAUUUCAAAAAAAUUUGGAAAAAAUUCAAAUGAGACUAUUAUAAGCAGCCUUUUAUUUGCCCUGCUGCAUUGGCUUGCAUGCUUUCCGAAUGUUUUUAUGGAGCCGACUAUCAGACAGAACGCCUUAUCAGUCGCUAUAAGUGCUCAAGCAUUGGAUAGGGUUAAAGAAGUGGCUCUUUAUGUUGAGGAUUUUUUAAUGAACAAUUUAGGAAGAGGUCUCCCACCAAUUGCAUAUACAAGUCUAGACGCACUUGAAAUAUCAAGUGGCUUGUUAACGUAUAGUGAAGUUAAGCUUCCUAAGCGGCAUUUCCUUUAUAAUGGCCAAGUUUUAUUGACUUUAUAUGAUUCUUCUCAAGAAAACCCGACUAAUGAAGAAGUUUUAGUGGUUAUGAGAAACUCAGUAGGCAGAUAUAUAUGAAAAACUAAGCUAAUAUAUAGAAUUGAUGAUGGAAAUGUAGGGAAUACCGCUUGGAAAAUGGACUUAUGCCAAGAUAGGACGCCUCCGAUUGCUCCUGCUCAUGAUGAUGAGGUGUCAGAUCAUUUAUUUGAAGAUUUAAGCGACCAAGAAAAAGCUUUAUUUAGAAGUUUUCAAGGGAUUAUUAAAAAACAAGAAGAAAUUAAUAAAAAUUAUGAGUCAGGAAUACAUACAGAAUAUGAAACCCAAAACGUAGUUAUGAGUCCGAAGCCUACUGAAGAUGUACCUAAAUCAUAUAGACUAUUAUUAGCGCAGCUUGGCCUUUUACAAACUGAGCACAUUACAAGUUUAUUAGCACUAUCUGGGGACGAGGUAGAAAAAGUUAUAGCUUAAACUUAUACUUCAAUGCAGGUUAGCUUCCGCCUAUUGCUAGCACAGUCGCCCCUAAUCCCCUAGGGGAUGCAUCUUAUUUGCAAAGUUGGCAAGGAGAACUUAUUUGAGUAAGAUAACUAACCGGGCGAGCUUCAGAUUGAAUUCUUCUUUACUACCUGACGCCAUAGCACCUGUGGAGCAGGGUUCCGUGCCUACGUCUCCUCCUAGCCUUGCGCUCAGUGCCGAGUGGGAAGGCUAUGGGCCUCUGCUGCUUGGGCUGAAUGAAAGAUGCCCGCACUAAAAUCCCAAAAAAUGGAAUUUCUGGCAAACUUUUCGGCAAAAAGGAAAAUUUCAAAGCCUUAGCAUAACUCCUAGUUUCACGCUAGAAAGAUGAGAAUGGUCUAGGCAUUACCUGAAGACGCUGUUGGAUUUCCCUUUUCAGCUUUAACCUUCCUUUUACCUCGAGGUAAAACCAAUCCUAAAAGCGUACUAGAGCUAGGCUCUGUACAUUGCCAGAAUUGGUUAACCAGCAUUGCUGCCUAUUUUUGAGUUCGCAAAACCUUGUCGGAUAUAAAUAAAAUGUCAUUACCUCGAGCACAUUUUAUUUAUAGAAAAAGUUAUAUCAGAUAUUGACAAAAUUCCUGAAAAAGAGUUAAUUAUUGCCCCAAUUUUGUACUUGAAAACUCCAGAAUCUAAAGAAACUGACGUAUUAAGCAAUGUUGAUUACUAUUCUCAAAGUUUCCAAGACUUUUUGCCUCAAAUGGGUGUCUUAUUGAAAUCAACUCAUACCCAGUUUGAGGUCUUUAAACAAGUCUCAAAAUAUUUAACCAAAUAUGGUGCAGCUUUAUAUACGUCUGGGUAUUAUUAUGAGCUUGUAAGCGUAGUACCUGCCGUUAUUCCAGACGCAAGCUCUUUAACACUGCAAGACCUUAUUUCUUAUGGGCAAGUUGUAGUCUUGUGGAACCAGAGAGCAAAUGAUCCGUAUACAGCAAAAAUCCCGAAUUUGCUUGAAUCUCAUGGGAUGAAAAGAAAAACUGUGAUAAUUCUAACACCAUUGAAAAAUAGACUUAUUAAAGUAAAAUAUAUCAAAUAAGUUAAAAUUGCGUGGCGAACCAACCCACCCUCUUAAGUGUCCGGCCCGAUUUUACUUGGUUUGGUGGAUCUUAAUGUCGGAUUGAGCCCACUGCAACUCAUUUCAAGAUAAAAUGCUACCUCUGGGGAAGGUGAAUAUCUGGUGUUGGAAAGGGAAAGCCCAGAAAAGUUCUUACUCAUCCAAGCAAACAAAAAAAUUUGUUCGCUCACGGAGGGGUGUUAAUUUUUGCGCGUCUGCUUGUCAACUUUGUUCACAAUUUUUUACAUAUCACUUUUUCCUUCCUUUUAUAGAAUUCACAUCGUCCGUUUGAUAGAUUCUGACUUCGUUCAGUCGUCCAUUGCAUUCUGUUCGACAAAGGAGUCUAUAUAGGGGUAUGGUCUAUACCUGAAGUUGCGCCCUGGGUAAAGAGCCCCAUUUUGAUCAAAAUCUCGGCCAGAAAUCGAUUUUUCGAAUUUUCUGGAGGGGCAACUCAAGUCAGGCGUACGGCGUGGUAACCCGUCUCACUACACUCCAGCUAGUGUGCAAGCCCAUUUCUAGGUGAGGGAGCAUAACCGAUAGGCAGAAGGCAGGCAGUCAUGAAGCAAGGUGGUUAUAUAUACCAUUCGAGGUAUCACAGAGCUGUUCUCAAAUCUUAACUAAGAACUAAAGUUAAUAUAUCUCCAAAUGAAAUACAACAAGGGCCGCUGCUAAAUGAUAUGCUUGUACCUGAAUACAUGAUGGGUACACUUUUAAUAAGGACUAUUAUAAAUAUGCAUGGAACUUCUAUGGCAAGAGUAUCUUCCAGAAUCAGAAGAAUAGAGCAAUUAGAAGUACUUAGUGAGAUAGGGAGAAAAGCUGAGGCUACAAAGAAUGGAAAACUCAGCUCAAUUCUAUCGCAUGCUUUUCAAAUCACUAAGUGGGAUUAA